UGACAUCUACACAAAAACUUGUAUAUAUCAUUCUUUCGGUGUCAAUUACGUCAGUCAUCAAGGGUUUUGGAAAGAUGAACCAGUUUUUCGAAUCGAUCAAUUCCUUCUUCACCGGUGGAGAUCAGCUUCCAUGGUGCUCCCCCGAUAUCAUUGCGGGGUGUGAAAAAGAAGUUGCCGAGGCUUCAAAUGAUGCCUCUGAUGAGGCAAAGAGUGAGGGCAUUAUGCGUUUAUCUUGGGCGUUGGUUCACUCUAGGCAACCAGAAGACGUGCAACGCGGCAUAGCUAUGCUUGAAGCUUCAUUAGUGAACACCAGCAGCCCGUUGCAAAAGAGAGAGAAACUAUAUCUACUGGCUGUUGGAUACUACCGAAGUGGUGACUUUCCGAAGAGUAGGAUGCUUCUUGAACAAGCUUUAGAGAUUGCACCGGAUUGGAACCAAGCUUUGUCACUUAAGAAGGCGAUAGAAGAUCGCAUCACUAAAGAUGGUGUGAUUGGAAUCGGUAUUACUGCUACUGCUGUUGGACUUAUAGCUGGCGGGAUUGCUGCAGCGUUGAUCAGGAAGAAUUAGUUAGCUUUCAUGACUACACUAAUAAUAACAUCACCCCUUUUAAGGUUUUAUGUGGUGCCGUCUUUUGUAGUUUGCUGGUAACGAGUUAUGCAGCGCCUUUAGUUUUAGCGUAGUCUCUUUUUCGGCAAACAGCUACCCUUUACAAGUUUCACAGCUUUGAUUCAGUAUUUGUUGCUUGGUAGAA